GCGCCCCUGCCCCGCUCACCUCGCCCCUGCCCCGCGCGCAGGUGCCUCCCCCGGCGGCGGCUGCGGCAGCGGCAGAGGCGGCGCCAGGAGCGGGCGGGCGGCAGCGCGAUGGGACCCCUCCGAGAGCCCAAGAAGCAGAGAGGGCAUCGUGAGAAGGAGCUUUCCCGAAGCCGGAUUCCCCGUCUGAUUCUCCGGCCCCACCUGCCCCAGCAGCAGCACAAAGUGUCCCCCGCCUCCGAGUCUCCCUUCUCUGAGGAGGAGAGCAGAGAGUUCAACCACAGCAGCUCCGGGCGCUCAGGGCGCACCAUUAGCAGCAACAGCUUCUGUUCAGAUGACACUGGCUGUCCUAGUAGCCAGUCUGUGUCUCCUGUGAAGACGCCCUCGGAUACUGGAAACAGUCCUGUUGGCUUUCACCCUGGAAGUGAUGAAGACUUUACCAGGAAGAAAUGCACAGUUGGAAUGGUUGGUGAGGGAAGCAUCCAGUCAGCUCGAUAUAAGAAGGAACCCAAGUCAGGCCUUGUGAAGCCAGGAGGCUCGGUCUCCAUGGAUACCGUACUCCGAGACUGUACUCAGCUCAGGGAUGAGCUGCACACACUGUAUUUCUGCACAAGACACACCCCAGCCUGUGGUGGAAGGCUGUGUGCAGAGGCGGUGUUUGCCAUGAAAGUCUACGGAGCUUACCUUCUGAGUAGCGAAGCCGAUUUCAGCUCCUCGAGCAGCACGGGCAGCAUCUCCGCGCCUGAGGUCCACAUGUCUGCGGCAGGAAGCAAGCGCUCCUCGUUCUCACGCAACCGAGGUCCCCAUGGGCGGAGUAAUGGAGCUUCAUCACACAAGUCUGGCAACAGCCCCCAGUCCCCACGGGAACAGGACCUGCUGUCCAUGCUGUGCAGGAAUCAGCUGAGUCCUGUCAACACCCAUCCCAGCUAUGCACCUUCUUCCCCAAGUAGUAGCAACUCGGGCUCCUACAAAGGAAGUGACUGUAGCCCAAUCAUGAGGCGGUCUGGAAGGUACAUGUCCUGCGGUGAGAAUCACGGCGUCAAGCCCCCCAAUCCGGAGCAGUAUCUGACUCCCCUACAGCAGAAAGAGGUGACGGUGAGACACCUGAAGACCAAGCUGAAGGAAUCGGAGCACCGACUCCACGAGAGGGAAACGGAAAUCGUGGAGCUGAAGUCCCAGCUGGCCCGGAUGCGGGAAGACUGGAUUGAAGAGGAGUGCCACCGGGUGGAGGCCCAGUUGGCCCUCAAGGAGGCCAGGAAAGAGAUCAAACAGCUCAGGCAGGUCAUCGAGACCAUGAGGAGCAGCCUGGCCGACAAAGACAAAGGCAUUCAGAAGUACUUCGUGGACAUCAACAUCCAGAACAGGAAGCUGGAGUCCCUGCUGCAGAGCAUGGAGCUGGCGCACAGCGGCUCCCUGAGGGAUGAGCUGUGCCUGGACUUCCCCUGCGAGUCCCCCGCGAAGAGCUGCCCCCGAGACGCCCCCGUGGGCCAGACGGCCGAUGGGAUGUCGGUGGAAGAGCAGGUCACGGAGGAAGGGGUGGACAGUGAGCUGCUGGUGGGAGACAGCGGCGUGGAUGGCUCGGAUUUGCUGGAUGAGCUGGCCACGGCCACCGACACCCAGGCGGACGACCUGGAGCUGCUGCAUUCCACCCCGGGGGCAGAGGCCCUGGCCAUCAUCCCCACGGAGGCAGGUCUGGAGGAGGAGGGCCGCGUGGUGGUGGCGGUGGUGGAGCGGGCCGUGCAGACCGACAUGGUGCCCUCCAGCCCCGCGGUGUCCGAGCUCCUCCAGUACAUGCUCCAGCUGCAGGACCCCUCUGCCUGGCGCUCGGCAUCGCCUUCCGAGUCAGCGGCUGACUCCACAGAAAGCUUCCCGGAGUCCAUCUCCGCCUUGAUGGUGGAUUUAACUCCAAAGAACCCAAACCCGGCCACCCUUCUGUCUCCCGUGGAGACCCCAGACGCCACGGCGCAGACGCAGGCCCCCGCCAAUAGCCUCAUGGGAGAGCUGGACUUCGCAGGCUGCGCAGAGGAGAGGUUGGACGGCGUCCUCCCGGGGGCCGCGGGGAGGCAGUACUGGAGCCGCAGCUUCCUGGUGGAUCUCCUGGCCGUGGCUGCCCCCGUGGUGCCCACCGCGCUGUGGGCGUUCAGUACUCAGAGGGGGGGCACGGGGCCCGUGUACAACAUCGGGGCCCUGCUCCGGGGCUGCUGCGUGCUGGCCCUGCACUCGCUCCGCCGCGCCGCCUUCCACGUGCAGACCUAGAGGGCAGCGGCGGUGGUUCCGUGGGCCAGGGGGUGGCAGGCGGUGUGGUGCCAGGUGGAGAAGCAGCAGGUCCACCCAGGCUGGUCUGUGUUCUGUCGUGUUGCUCCUCGGUGUUUGAUUUGCACUAUGUUUAGUGGAAGCCCGUUCCCUGCGGAGAGGAGGACCGGAGGCAUCUUCCAAAGGCAUGGAGACCCUGGUUCCAGGCAAAAGCCCCGCCCGUGUGGUGUAGAAAGCAUGCUCGUGACCGUGACCCUGCGUGUCGUCAGAGGUGCCCGCUCUUAACCCUGGUGGUUCCGGAAGAGAAAACGCAAAGUUUGCACUUUUCCAGACAAGCUUCUGUCCUGCCGGCAUGCGAUCUCCCUGCUUUGCUUCGUGCUGUGUUCCGAUGUGUGACUGUUCCAGCAUCCCCCGUGGUCUUGUGCGUAGCAGGGGGCGGGGGGACUGUAACCAAAAAAAUGAACGUGUAUUUGAGUCCUGGGUUUGAAGAAGUCUUGGCUAAUCCUUUAGUGUCUUCAUUGGGGUUGGUAAGGUUCGAGUGUUUGCCGUUUUCUACUAAAUGUAGCUCCAAAGUCUAAACAUGGCUUUGUUUGUUCUUAAAAACUGUUAAUUGAUGAAACUGUCUGUAAGUUUACAGUGUAUUAACUUAUUUUUUUUUUGUUUAUUAUAGAUAGCGUUUUAUUGGAGAUUGUUUGUAACCAGACACUUAGGCAUGACGAAAAUAAAGAUUAGUGUUUACAGUUAAAUAAAUGUUUUAUCCCCCUAUAAAA